AUGUUGUCCAAAGACUUACCGAAACAAGACAGCUUCGAGACUUGGGAUGACUCUUCCCCAAGCAAGGAGGCUUCUUCGAAAACAGAAGAAGAUACUGAACUGACAUCUUCUCCUGCGCCUGAUGGUGGCCUACAAGCCUGGCUCGUCGCUGCGGGUGCAGCUUGCAUUUUCUUCUCAUGUCUCGGUUUCGCCAAUUCAUUCGGCGUCCUUCAAGAGUAUUACAUGACGCAUCAACUUCAAGGCCACUCAGCAGAUGCAGUUGCAUGGAUCGGAUCCGUCUCGACAUUCAUCCAAUUCGCUGCUGGAGCGUUAAGUGGACCUUUGUUUGAUCGCUACGGCGCUUGGGUGAUCAGACCAGCUGCAGUUGUUUAUGUGUUUGCAACCAUGAUGACAAGUUUGUGCACAAAGUACUGGCACUUUAUGCUUGCCCAAGGUGUUUUGAUGGGCAGCGCGAUGGCAUUUCUCCAAAUCCCAGCUUUCGCAGCUGUCUCUCAGUACUUUGACAAAAAGAGAGCGGCAGCUUUUGGAAUAGCAGUCUCGGGCUCUUCAAUUGGCGGAGUCGUCUUCCCAAUCGCCUUGUCCAAGAUGCUGAAUGACUCUUCACUUGGCUUCGGCUGGUCUAUCCGAAUCAUGGGUUUUGUCAUGAUACCUCUCAUGUCAUUCUCUUGCAUCACUGUCAGAUCUCGAUUGCCGAGUCGAAACACCUCGUUCUUCCUUCCGGCUGCUUUCAAGAACCCGCUGUAUCUACUUGUCAUUUCGUCAUUGUUCUUUUUAUUUAUUGGCAUGUUUGCGCCAUUGUUUUUUAUCCCUACUUACGCUGUUUCACGAGGCGUAAACCCAACCUUAGCAUCUUACUUCCUUGCUAUUACAAAUGCUGCGUCUACAUUCGGACGUAUCAUACCAGGAGUACUUGCGGACAAAUAUGGUCGAUUGAACGUAUACUCUCUUGGUGGUCUCUCUACCGGCAUCGUCAUUCUCUGCAUGAACGAGGCAACGAGUACCGCAUCAUUGGUGGUAUAUGCAGCAAUCUUUGGCUUCACUUCAGGAACAAUUAUUUCUGGUGUCUCUGCAGCAUUUACUCUUGUGGUCAAGGACCCUCGAGAUAACGGCACUUAUAUGGGUAUGGGCUUGGCAGUCAGUUCUCUUGCCGCUUUAAUUGGGCCACCUGUUAAUGGCGCUCUCAUUGAUCGAUUUGGCGGGUUUUUUCAGGUGUCUGUAUUCAGCGGCGUGAUGUGCUUGUUUGGGAGCUGUCUUGCUGUUUGCGCCAAGGCUAGAACAGCGGAGGGGAUAUUUGGAAGGGUCUAG